GGCUAGCUCCGCUCGGGAGCCUAGUGUACAACCGAGUAUUUAACCGGCCCGCGGGGGUUGGCCAGUCCGCCCGGCAGAGGGUUUGGGGAACAGUGGGAAAAAAAAUCAUGCUCGGAGCUGAAAGGAGUUAGUUUAUCAUCUUGGAUUAUGUGCAUCUGAGACUUCCCAAUUGUGAAUCCUCCUGAGAUCUCUUAGCAUCUCCUGAAGCCAGGGCUUGCAGCCAGCUUCUUCAAAAUGUCUGCUGAAGUAGAAAGCAACAUAACCAAUGGUCAGCCUGAUCAACAGGCAACCCCCAAAUCAUCAUCAAAGAAAGAAAAAAAGAAAGGAACAGAAAAGACAGAUGAGUAUCUCUUGGCCAGGUUCAAAGGUGAUGGAGUAAAAUACAAGGCCAAACUAAUUGGUAUUGACGAUGUGCCAGAAGCAAGAGGGGAUAAAAUGUGUCAAGACUCUAUGAUGAAGUUGAAGGGAAUGUCAGUAGCUGCUCGGUCUCAGGGACAGCACAAACAGAAGAUCUGGCUGAACAUUUCUCUCUCUGGAAUUAAAAUAAUUGAUGAGAAAACUGGGGUGAUUGAGCACGAACAUCCCGUAAACAAGAUAUCUUUCAUUGCCCGAGACGUGACAGACAAUAGGGCUUUUGGCUAUGUAUGUGGAGGAGAAGGACAGCAUCAGUUUUUUGCCGUAAAAACAGCUCAGCAGGCAGAACCAUUAGUAGUUGAUCUUAAAGAUCUUUUUCAAGUCAUCUAUAAUGUCAAGAAAAAGGAAGAGGAAGAUAAGAAAAAGACUGCAGAAGCCAACAGGGCGACUGAGAAUGGGAAUAAAGACCUUCUGACACUUCAUGAUCCAGUUAGCAGAAUGAGACUGGGUGUUGACCAGAUGGAUUUGUUUGGGGACAUGUCCACACCUCCUGACCUAAAUAGUCCAACAGAAAGCAAAGAUAUCCUGUUAGUGGAUCUAAACUCUGAAAUCGGCACCAAUCAGAAUUCUCUAAGAGAAAAUCCCUUCUUAACCAAUGGCAUCACCUCCUGCUCGCUUCCUCGACCAAAGCCGCAGACACCUUUCUUGCCUGAAAAUGCUUUUUCUGCCAAUCUCAACUUCUUUCCCACCCCUAAUCCUGACCCUUUCCGUGAUGAUCCUUUCACGCAAGCAAACCAAUCGACACCCUCUUCAUUUCAUUCUGUCAAACCUCGCGAUCAGAAGAAAGAGAGUCUGAAUAGUUUCUUACCGAUUCCACUGAGUAAUGGGUCUCUGAAUGGCGAUUUUGAUUACUUUGGGCAACAGUUUGACCAGAUUUCUAAUCGAACUGGGAAACAGGAGGCUCAGGCAGGCCAGUGGCUUGCAAAUUUGCAAAUUCAGCCAACAAUCAGAACUCAAAAUGGGGUACCUGAAAGAGAACAAAAUGGCUUUCUUGUCACAUCUUCCCCCAAUUUUUUUAUGGGAACCCCUUCCAAAGGACUGUCACUACCCAACGGAAUAAAGCAGGACACAGAAAACUCUGCCCAGUACUCACCACAUGACUCCAUAACAAUUAUCCCACCUCCACAAAGUACCAAACCUGGAAGAGGCAGAAGGACUGCUAAGUCUCCAUUGAAUGAUAUAUUUGGGUCAGAUCUUUUUGCCACUCCUACUACAGAAUCCCCAGGUCAGACUUCACCAACAGGACAACCUCCAGUCUUGCAGAAUAAUCCUAUGGACCUCUUCAACAGUAAUGCUCCCUCCUCAGCGGGUUCCCUGGCUGGUCUAGGUGGCUUACCAGUAACAGCACCUCAGACAGCAUCAUGGAACCCACCAUCAUUAGUUUUCAACCAGUCCACCUCAGUGCCCAUAAUGAGUUCUCAGCCUUCAGGAUUCAGUCAGCCUCUCACCUUUAGUACAAACCCACCAGCCUCAGGCUGGGAUCAGCCAACAUCCUUUGGAGCCCCAACAUCAUCCUCACCCCCUCCUCUCUGGGGCUCUACCACAAAUGCGCCAGCUAAUACAUGGCCAUCACAAGCCUCUAUGGGGAACCCUUUUCAGAGUAACAUAUUCCCAACAUCUGCCACACCUGGCCAACAAUCAUCUGUGCUUAUCUCAGGCUCACCACCUCAGCCUCCUCCCAGAACUGUCCCACAAAGGGAUAUCUCUUGUGAUGCUUUCACUGCCUUAGACCCACUUGGAGAUAAAGAAAUCAAAGAAGUGAAAGAAAUGUUUAAGGACAUCCAGUUGAAGCAGCGACCAGCAGUGCCAGCAAGGAAAGGAGAGCAAGCAUCCUCUGGGCCUUUCGGAGCCUUCUCCAGUUACUUCACUAGCAAAGUUGGAAUUCCACAAGAGAGUGCAGAGAGUGAUGAUUUAGAUGCUAAUCAGUUGUUGGCCAAGAUAAAUGAAGCACCAAAGCCAAUUCCCAGGCAAAGCACCCCAUUAGCAUCCAAGCCAGUGGAAAGCUCAUUUGAGAACCUUUUUGCAAAAGAUCCUUUCCAUUCUCCAUCGCAAGCACCCACUGUGUCUCCUCAGCCAACAUCUCAUCUAUAUGGGGAUCCUUUUGGAAAUCGGUUUGCAUAACUUCUGAUUUUGGUGCAUUCCGUAUCAAGAUGGCCACAUUUGCCAAGGACAAAGCUACUAGUGCUCCAGCUUCAACAUUCAUUACCUUUUGCCUAAUUCCUUGAUGACUUUUUUUUUACUUAUAGAGAUAUCUUUUCACUUUUUGCCCAGACAUAAAGCUAAGCUUCAAAGCUGUGGCUUGAAACAUAAGAUAUAAGAAUAUGACCUUCCAAAUCUUAAAACAAAUGAAGUCAAAAGAAUUUCUCCAAUGUGGAAGGGAUUGGGGGAGGGGGAGGAGGAGAAUGUGUCUACUGGAGACCCUAUCACUUUCCUUUCUCAAAAUACUUGACAUCUCUCAAAGAACAAAUGUUAAAUUAUAUCAUCUAAAAACACACUCCUUCCAGAACUCUUGCUCUGCUAACAAGUUUUGAAGUUACUUUUAUUUAACAAGUUUAGAAUUUGUGUGGAGGUCUGCUCCCCCCACUUUUUUUUUUUUUUUUGGCAAGGCUUACAAACUUAAAAAUUCAUGAUUGUAAAAGGACUGGGCAUUUAUUUUUAAAAAAAAUGAGACAAAAUCUUACUUUCUCCUCUCCCCUUCCAUCUCCAGUGAUGUAAUCUAAAGGAAAUCCUUCAACCAUUCAUAGAUAUUUGUUGUCACAUUACAUAUCUCCAGACCUCACUUUUCAAAGGAUGAAAACCCUUUUUGAAGCUCGCUUUUGGGAAAUUCUGCCUGAUCUUAUUAUAGGACUGACUUUGGGUUUUUUUGUUUGUUUGUUUUUUACUUUGAUGGUAAAAACUAAAGCAAAUUGUCAGUAAGCAUAUUGAGGGGAGAGUAACAUUUUUUCUCUCCUACUCCUAAAACAUUCACUAUAUGAUCUAAUUCUUCAAAUUUCCCUUACUUUGACCCUAUAUUUUCCCCUUUUUAUAGAACUGGCAAGAUUCUCUUGGUUUAUGAGAAAAUAAUCUCUUUACCAAACCACAGGUCUGACAUUGUUUUGAGACCUUUUGAUUAAAAGAGGGUAUAGUCACAUAAUCAGAGUUACUCAACUAGAGGACACAUACUUCUUUUUCCUUAAGUGAAUAUGAGGCCACAAACUUGAAUUUAGGUUCCAAAAUCCAGAUCUCUUGAUAACAUUUUUCAGUGAGACUGCUAAAAGUCUACUCAUCAUGGAAAUAAUUGUACUUAAAAGAUCAGUCUAUUAUUAAAUGAAAUGAUUGGUCCAAAUGCUUCUGGAGUUUUAAGUGGUUACAUUGGACCCUUUAAAGUAACUAGGGAAUUUUCUUCAAACAAUGACUAGGGGUUGAUAAAGAAAAAAAAAAUGCAUGAAAGAUGUCCAGAAUCUGAAGUUAUUGGUUAUAACUAUGACCAUAAUGACCUUUUUUUCCUCUCCUUUUGAAAAACCAAAAACAAACUUGAACACUUUCCCAGUAUAUUUUAUCUCUCUAUUUUUAGCACAAUUAUGGGAGUGAAUUUUUGCCAAAAUGAAUUUUGUAUUUCGUGUGUAUUAUUGUUAUUGCUUGUCUUUGACCCUUAACUCUCAGGUUCUUGUGGGUGUUAAACAUCCACAUUCAAUGUUAAUUUUGGGUGGAGGAAAAGGAUACCUGCCUGCAGUGUCAACCAAGUGGUAGACUCAUGCACUUCUUUUGAUUUACCCCUAAACCCUAAAUAAUUGUGUCUAAGGUAAAGUUAUGGUGACUUAUCUAAUGGUAGUAUCUGAUUAAUGUAUAGGCUUAACCUUUCUGUCUGGCUUUCUGCUCAACCAUUUAUAAAUAUGAACUUGAAAUAGUAUUUUAAUGCCCAAAUACCUAAACUUGUGCUAAAACUGGAGACAAUUAUUUGUAGGUAACUGGGAUUUUUGAAAGUAAUUUCUUGAAACUGAAUUUCAGCCACACAUGUCCUGUACAGAUCUAUUUUUUUUCUCCUGUGCACUUUUCUGUAAUGCAAAUAAAGCUAUGAAUUUACUCCUUCUCAAUAAACUGGAAAUAUAGAAUCAA